AUGUCGUCAGACUCCCACUUCUCAUUAGUUCCAAAAGUAGUAAAUGGUGGAAUUGCAGGGAUCGUUGGUGUAACGUGUGUUUUCCCAAUAGAUCUUGUCAAAACAAGAAUGCAAAAUCAGCGGGAAGGAAGCAAAUUAUACAAAAACGUUUUGGACUGUGCUGCGAAGACAUACCGCGCUGAGGGUUUCUUUGGCAUGUAUAGAGGCAGUGGUGUUAAUCUGCUGUUAAUCACUCCAGAAAAGGCAAUAAAACUAGUUGGCAAUGAUUUCCUCCGUUAUCACUUGAAACCUGAAGGGAAACCUCUAACACCUUUUCGUGAAAUGCUUGCUGGAGGAGGUGCAGGAGCUUGUCAAAUCAUUGUAACUACUCCUAUGGAGUUAUUAAAAAUACAAUUACAAGAUGCUGGUCGGACAACAGUUCCUGUGGCUAACGUGACCGGUGUUGGUAGCAAUGGUACAUCUACGGUAACCCGAUUGUCUGCUACUCAGAUUGCUAUGAAAUUACUUCAUGAAAAAGGGAUAUUUGGCCUUUAUCGUGGAAUGGGGGCUACAUUUUUACGAGAUGUAUCGUUUUCUGUGAUAUAUUUCCCAUUGUUUGCAAAUUUAAAUGCUUUGGGUCCUCGAAGGUCUCCAAAUAGUUGUGAAGCCGUAUUCUACUGGUCAUUCUUAUCAGGAUUUUUAGCUGGAACGAUUGCAGCGUUCGCUGUGACUCCAUUCGAUGUGGUUAAAACACGACUUCAAACAAUUAAACAUGUGGAAGGAGAGAAAGCUUUCAAAGGCAUUGCAGAUUGUUUCGUCCAAACACUGCGUAAUGAAGGUGUACAUGCAUUGUUCAAAGGUGCUGGUUGUCGUGUUAUGGUUAUGGCUCCAUUAUUCGGAAUAGCACAGACUGUUUACUAUCUUGGUGUUGCUGAACGCCUUUUAGGUUAUCCAAGAUAUUGA